UGGUUGGCGGGCUUGUCUUCUACAGAGCCCCGCCCAGAGAUUGCGAGCAGUUCAAACGGCCGGAGAGAGGAGUCCGUAGUAGUAGCCGCGAUGUACGUCCUCCUCCGCCGUCUCAUCCCGGUACGGAGAGCCCUGCCACUGGCCCCGGGGCUGCGAUACUGCUCAGUGGCUCCUGAUAUACGAGAGAGGACUCUGGUUGCAGUGAAGCCAGAUGGAGUACAACGGAGACUGGUUGGUGAGAUUGUCAAGCGUUUUGAACAGCGUGGAUUCAAACUCGUGGGCAUGAAAAUGUUGCAGGCCUCAGAAGGAAUUCUAUCAGAACAUUACCACGACCUAAGAAGAAAA